AUGUCGCCGCUGCCCGAUAAAGUACGCGCCGGGCUCGACCCGGAGCGCCUUGCCGACCUCGACCUCUCCCGCGCCAAAGGCCUAUCCCAAGGUGUGAGAGAGUACUAUGAGAAGCAGUCCGCGACCCUGAGAACCUUUGAGCAGGUGGAGGCGCGAUGCAUGUCGGGCGAGUUCGAUUCGGAUGUCGAGGCCUCCCAAUCGGAGGAUACGGAGCAGAAGCAGAGCGAGUUCGCCAUGAAGAUUUCCAACUACGCCAAUAUUGUUCUGCUGGUUUUCAAGGUGAGUGAGUUCAGGCGUCAGGUGUAUGCAACGAUCAGGACGGGGUCCAUGGCGAUUGCGGCGUCCACGCUUGACUCGCUGCUGGAUUUCAUGGCCGGGGGUAUCCUGUGGUUCACGCACCUUUCCAUGAAGAGGGUCAACAUUAAGUACCCAAUUGGGAAGCUGCAUGUUCAGCCGGUUGGGAUCAUCGUCUUCGCGGCCAUCAUGGCAACUCUAGGUUUCCAGGUCUUGGUACAAGAUGUUGAGCAGCUGGUGGAGAACGAACCUGGCGAGAAGAUGACAUCAGAGUAG